AUGACUUUAAUUGUGUUGAUCAUCUUGUUGAUUGCUAUGAUGAGUGACACUUAUCAAAGGAUCCAAGCACAAUCUGAUACAGAGUGGAAAUUUGGACGUGCUCAACUGAUACGUAAUAUGAACAGAACGUCAGCCACGCCAGCUUCUCUGGAUCUAUUUACCAAGCUGGUUACCUACUGUAAGAUUUGUAGCAAUCAGGCACGGGAAUUUAUAAAUGAAGAAGAAGAGUUAGAUGCUGUGUCUGAUUCCAGAUCUGUUGAUUUAUUGGCGCAUUCCACUGCCCAGUGGUUACGUAGUGUUGUUAGGAGAAAUACACAAGUAGCACCAGAAGGAGGGUUCCUUAGAGCAGGAAAUACCCAUGGACCACAGCGAAUUGAAGAGGUUGUAGAGUGGGAAAGUGUUGUACAACGUUAUCAAGCUGUGCAUUUAACGUCAGAUGACGAUUUUGAGGCUGAUAAAGAAAAAACACGAUUUGAAGAUUUAGAUAAUCCCACAACUGUUAUGAUGACAAUGGAGACAAAGAAAGAGAAAUCAAACAACCACAUUACAUGA